UGGAAUUCACACACACAUACUCUCACAACCACUCGCUGACUUUGGAUGGGAGGAGGAGGGGGGAGGGGAGAAGGAAAGAGGGGGGUUUUGGUGAGGUCUGUGGGAAAGAGGCAUGCCAUUGGAGGCAGAAGAGGAGUCUCUGCCUGUCUGUGUCCAUGUCUCUGCUCCGUUCCCGGCUUCAUUCCGACAAAGACCGUCAGUGUCCCGCCUGCUCUGCUACCUCUGGAUUUAAGUCAGCUGGAUUACUGCUUGGACUCUCGGCUCAUUAUUCCACGCUGCCACAUUUAAAUGGGAGGCAAAGUUGGACCGCCAUGGAAUGCAAGAAUGGUGAAAAACAGUUUGGUUUUUCUUGCGCUUUUAAGAGCUUCCUAGCAUUCAAAAUGAGCCCACUUUUCUUCUUUAAAAGUGUUUUUAUACGUAAAUUAAUUUGAGCUCUUUCUCUUCUGUAUCGCCUGUUUAAAGUAGGUUAGUUAUUUUGCAAUAUAACAUUUUGUACUUGGCUGCCAGGCCACAUUUUGAUGUGAAAGAUGAGUGGGGAAGCGGGAUAGAAUCAUGUCUCGAGCGUAACCUUUUGGAAAAGUCUGUCUUUUUAAAGCUGGUCUCAAAGUUUUACAUUGAAAAUGUGACUGUAUCAGUUUAAAAAAAAUUUUUUUCCUGGGAUCUGUUACUGUCAGAUUUUGAUUUUUUUUUUUUUUUUUUUUGGUCCAUUACAUUGGACUGCAUGUGAACUUGCAUCUUAUCCAGUUCAUCCCUCUCCAAGGGAACCCUCAAACUAAACUCUUCCCUGUUAACCCACUUAGACUCCCGAUCUCCCCUGUGGGGUUUUCUUUAUAACAUUCGUCCUAUUCUAGUGUACUGAGGAAAGCAAAAGCCAAACCAGCAAAGGGGGUACCGGGAAGGAAGUCACCCCCCUCCCAAAGGUGAGAGGGGGGGAAGAUGGCAGCUCUCGCCAGCUCUCUCAUUAGACAGAAACGGGCGGUCAAGGACGACCAAGCCAACCGACCGGUAGCCAGCAAGCGCAAGCCCUGUCCUAAGAGCAACAAGUCCCUGUGCCAGAAACAGAUCCUUGUCCUGAUCUCCAAAGUACGGCUAUGCGGAGGUCGAAAAGGGCGAAAUGACAAAAGACCAGAGCCACAGCUGAAAGGCAUCGUUACCCGGCUGUACAGCCAACAUGGAUACUACCUGCAGAUGCAGCCUGAUGGCACUGUCGACAGCACAAGGGAUGAAAGCAGCUCAUUUUCACAGUUCAACUUAAUUCCAGUGGGGCUGCGGAUUGUGGCAAUUCAGGGGGCAAAGACAGGGUUGUACCUCGCCAUGAAUAGUGAAGGAUACCUCUAUACAUCAGAGCACUUCACUCCUGAGUGCAGGUUCAAAGAGAGCGUGUUUGAGAACUACUACGUUACGUACUCCUCCAUGCUCUAUCGGCAGACCCAGUCUGGCCGCUCCUGGUAUAUCGGUAUCAACCGUGACGGUCAGGUCAUGAAGGGCAACCGGGUAAAGAAGACCAAGGGAGCGGCACACUUCCUGCCUAAAGUUAUAGAGGUUGCAAUGUAUAAGGAGCCAUCGCUACACGAGCUAGUCAGUGAGCCAGUGAGCCCACCUCGGAAGACGGUGAAGACAUCAGAUUCGCCGUCCCUAAAGAAUGGACAGAAAGAAGCUCCCAAGGCUGAGGCCUCAUAGCACAGGAGAAUGAGGGUGGGACAAAGGGUAGCAGUGACACUUGAAACAAAGUUGCCCACUAUGCACUGAGGGUGGCUGGGGGAAUGGUGCUCAGCGGCCACCUCAUUCCAGAAGUGCACUCCAAGAUGCUGAGGGAUAAAGAGUCAGCAGUCCAUCAGCAGCCAAGAAGACCUAAGAGAGGAGUCCCCCCUCACCUGAAACCAGUGAAAGGAAAGCCCAGGGUCUGAGCCAGAACUCCUACCACCGCCACCCCACCCUUUCUCCCAGUGUCACUUCUUUCUGUACCUGUUGUGAUUUGCUUACGUGCAGCCCCAUUUAUUUCUCCGUCAGGAUCAAGCUUCUUUGUCUGCUGACAGUUUCAUCUUUUCUCAUAUGCCUUCCCCAUCAUCAGCUCUAUUGUACUGUAUAGUCACCACACACACACACACACACAUCCAGCACUGACUCCGCAGGAUAAUCCUCACCCAUGGGCUCCCUCUUGAGCCCUAAAGUUGGUGACAGUGUGGCUCAGCCAGCUUUCCACCCACCAUCUGCCUACCAGCUAAUCACUAAGGUCAACUAAAGCUCAAAGUGAGAUGAUAUGGCUUAGAGACGAAAGAAAUCUGCAGGAAGCUUGGGUCGGGUCAGGUCAGCAGCAACUAAAAACGAAUCCUUUUCCUCUUUUGUUUGCUUUCUUUGCUAGCUGUGAUAAUAACCGGAUGAUGCUAAAAACCUUAUAUUGAAUAAGCA